GUUACAUUCAUUUUAAUAUAAUUUUUUACUGCAUAUUGCAAGGUCAAGGAGUGUCAUUAAUUUAAAACAAAAAUCAAGAAUAAAAUCAAUUGGUGAAAUACCAACUUAAUGAGAACAAGGUAAAACAUGGUGAAAACCUUCAAUGUGCAGCUGAACUGAGUGAUUAAAUAAGUCAACAAGAAACAAACAAUCACAUGACUAUACUAUAACUUGACUGAUCAUCACAACCAAAGCACAAUAGAGCCGGCUGUCUUUUAUUAUAAGACCAACUACAGCAUUUUGUGCCACAAGACAGAGGGAGGAACUCGCAUAACCUCAAACCCUAUCUCCUUAAGUCUAUAACACGAAGAUGGAACAUUUCUAUUGAUCAACAUUACAACAUGAAAUUUAAUUUUUCACCAGCAACCAAAUUAAAUAGCCUUAAACUAAGUUAAACCAUGCCUUUCAAACUUUUAGAUACGGUCUGCGGUAUUUCUAUAUUAGUCAAAUUCAGUCCUCCAGAUAUUAAGCCUAUUUCCGAAUCAGUCAACUUUAGUCAUGUAUAGAAAUUAAUUCAGCUUGUUAGUCAUAAGAACAUAUUAUAAGUCUAAGGUUCUGUCAAUAAAAAAAAAUGUUAUUUACUCGAUAUAAUUGAGUAGAUGAUAGUACAAGGGAGGGACUGCACCUCUCUAUGACCGACUUGUUGGAAGUCUAGUAAUUUCCCUUUGGUGUAGACACAUUCUUCACACACACUAAUAAUUUUUGGGGGAUGGGGGAAUGGUGUGGAUGUGGAGGGAAUGGUGUGGAUGUGGAGGGAAUGGUGUGGGUGUGGAGGGAAUGGUGUGGGUGUGGAGGGAAUGGUGUGGGUGUGGAGGGAAUGGUGUGGGUGUGGAGGGAAUGGUGUGGGUGUGGAGGGAAUGGUGUGGGUGUGGAGGGAAUGGUGUGGGUGUGGAGUAAAAAGAAAAAAAAAAAAACAGGCAUAUGUGGAGAAGGGGGGGGGGGGGGGGGAAGGGUUUGAAAGUGACCUUACCAUGUGGGGGAACUCAAUAGUUUGUGGGUGUAGUUUCAGGGUGGGGUGGGGUGUGGAGGCACAUAAUUCAGCAGUAGAAAAUGGUGACAUCAGAUGAUAGAGCAGAGAGCAAUACUCAGCAGUGAAUAGCAAGCUCUGAUCUACACAAGUACUGAACAAGGACUUUAAUGGACAUAGAGAUGACAGCAGCAAAUAUAGUGGGCAAACUGUGACACAGCCAGAACCAUGAUGGCAUUCUUGUCACAUUGACAGCUGUUAAGACAUUGGGCUACAGUGAAAAACCAUAACUAUAUCAAUCUGUUCAUUUACAUGCAAGAGUUUGGAAGACUUGAAGUUCUAAGAAUGUGUCCACACCAUUUGGGGGGGGGGGCAGUCGGGGCACAGAUAUAUAGACAAGAAUGACUUCUCUGUGACUAGAUGAACCAGUUGAUUAUAGCACAAGAUUAUUCAUGCAGUGCUUUCAUCAAUAGCACUCUGGGAACACUAUUAUCGUUACAUUACAUUCAAUACAAGAAUUAGAUAAUUACAGGCUGAUUUCAUGGGCUCCAAACACAUAUAAAGUUCAUCAGAAAAUAAUUUCCCAUUUGAUCCAUGAUUAAGUGACUAAAAUAUCUAAUGUUAUAUGUCAGUUCAAUUCUGAGCAAUGUUUCCAUCCAUGGUUCUCUCAAGGUCUCACUACUGUAAGAAGUCAACACUUAGCCACACCUAAAUGGAAAUAACCUGAAAAUGAUUUUUUGUGUGUGGAACAUUGAUGAUCAAUGUGACAGCUGGUACUGGUUCAGUCGUCAAUGUGACAGCUGGUACUGGUUCAGUCAAUGUGACAGCUGGUACUGGUUCAGUCAAUGUGACAGCUGGUACUGGUUCAGUCAAUGUGACAGCUGGUGCAGGUUCAGUCAAUGUGAGAGCUCGGUGCAGGUUCAGUCAAUGUGACAGCUCGGUGCAGGUUCAGUCAAUGUGACAGCUCGGUGCAGGUUCACAAAUAUAUAGGUGCCAAAGUGAACUCAUUUAUUACAAAAGGAAAUAUUUGAUAAGGCGCCAGUUUGGUCAAGUUGAAUAUCAUAAUGGCUACAAGCAAAAUAUCAUGAUGGCUAAGAGUUAAAACUUCUUUUAAAAUCAAUUAAAACUGCAAUUAAUCUGUCAUUGUUUAUUAUAAAAUCCACAAGUUAAAAAAAAUGUCCACAUUUCAAUCAAUUUAAUUUAAAAUCAAAGCAUGUACCUGUAUUGAAAUAAAAAAACAUGGCCCAAUAAGUCAUCUAAAAAGGUGAAAAUUUUGACAUUUCCCCCACAUAUUUUCUAGUAUAAAAAGAUUCAGCGGUGACUUUUAGAGGCGCCCUGCCACUUCAAUGUACCGGUAUUUUAAAAAUACUUUUUUCCCCACAUCAAAGCUUUGGGCCCCCUCCAUAUCAAUG